AUGAGUGGCAGCGAGGAUGAAAACGUGCCACCAGCAUCCAAUGUCGCUCAAAGUGGCAAACGGUGGCGCCAUGAAGACACUGAAGAGUUAGGGUCGCAGCAGAGCAUCCUCAAGUGGAUGCGCCACGUGCCUGGACCGCUGCAGGAAGUCAUGAAAAAACGGGCCGACCAGCUGGGCAACUCUCAGGGGGAUCACAAUCGCAUCGCCAGCGUCAACUCCGACCGCUUUUCCGUUGCAAUCGCGACGGUGUUCGACCAUGGACCAUGGAUACACAUGUGCCAACAUUUAGGCUUACCGGCGGUAGCAGGAACGCUCUAUGGCAGCGUGAAGAUGCGCAGUCUAAAGUACACGGUUCAGAGCAUUGUGGACGACGACGAAGCUCUUGCCAAAGUGCCUCAGCUACUCGUGCUUCUUAAGUCAGUGCGCUACGUUGACGAGGAAAUUGUCGCUGUGCUUCAUGAUCCAACAGGAGAAGUAGAGGGCUACUUUCACCGGGAACUCGUUGACCAGCUCGGCCCUGCUCUUGUUGGCGGUGUGGGUGUUCUACUCUACAAAGUGUCGGUAUUUACGCCCACUGACGCACCGGUAACAGGCAGACGAAAGAGCUACCUGAACAUCACGCCGCGAAACGUGCGACGUAUAUUUGUCACGAAAGACUCGUCGAACGUUGUGAAAAUCGAGGAGAUCGUCAAUUCGUUCAACAAAGAAAAAGAGAACCAGUCGCAGCACGAGAGCGACCAAGACGACUACGAGGAUAAUGUCGAAUCCAAAAGCGAGCAGGCAAGACGUCAGUUACUGCAGCGUAGCACAGUUCGUGACACUUCGGCAGAGUUAACUCUCCUUUCACAGCGACAAGUGAUUCAUCGCAAUCCACCCGUGCGAGAUCCUGCUGCAGCGACAACGACACAAACAACGAAAAGUAAGCGUGGAAAAAGUGCUGCAACUCGUAAAGCUCAAGAUCAUGACAGCGGACUCGGUAAAUGGCAGUGGAGCAAAUUGCUGAAGAAAACAAGUGGCGAUGACGGUGGCGAAUCUACAACGGGCUCAAACCGUACGAAAGAGCGUCAGGGCUUCUUGAAUGCGAGCUCACGUCUCGUGAGCCUGCUCACAAAGCAAAACGAGCGGAGCAGAGACGACGGAUCGAAGCAAGACAUGAUGCCGGCUACAGCAAGGACAAAGAAACCUGUCAAUGUGCACUUUGCGUCGGAAACGGAGAUUUACCCGCUGUCGAUGCCCAGUGGUGACUCGGACAAAGUUGACGUACCACAGAGCAGUGAAUCGCUUCAAAAAAGCUUUUCAGCUGCAGUCGUUGGCGAUAGCGGAAAAAACGACAAUAACUCGGACAAUCAAGACGACGAAGACGACGACGAUUGGUGA